GUCACACCCAUUUUAUUCUACAAGCCGAUGGUUUGGAGAAUAACCCGAAGUGUAACAACUGAUGUUUAUUCGACCCGUGGUUUGGAGUAUUUUCAAGUUAUCAGUAACCUUCGCCAGAAUGCCACGUCUUUUCAAGUGCAUUCUAACAUCAGUCCUUUGGUCCUCCAAACACCAUUGGUAGCCUCAUGUUGGAGGCCCACCAUGCCGGCGGCCCAUCAUGCCGGAGGCCCAUCUUGCGGCGUUAUUGGCUACAGUCGCAUGUGGUGUAACCAGAUCCCCGACUUGCAAAAGCCUUGUGUGGCUAUUAACUACACAUGCGGAAAGAAGUUUCAAUUCAAUGCUGGAGGCUGGGUGCAUACCCAAUUUUUCAUAUGUAGUAGACCUUGAGCAGCCAAUAUUUCUUGCGAAAUACUCAACAAUUUUGUAUUAAGCUCUAUAGUUUCCAUCCCCGAACAACCAUGGUUACACACAAGGACAAGCACUUCUACGCCGUCGCCUACGGUCGGACGUAUCCAUUGAUCGCUCAGUCAUGGGCAGACACCUGGAACCUCGUUAGCGGAUGUCCCGGCAACAAGUACAGAGGCUUCUCAACAUUCCAGGAGGCCAAAGAGUACUUGAAUUGCAACGGAUGCACUACUUUCCAUUUCUACGAAGGGAUGUCAGACGGGCCAAAACCUCCUCCACGAUCGCGGGACUACACAGUGGGGAAUGGCAGGCAAACGGGCAUCUAUACGAGCUACGGAACGGGGGCAGAGCCUGAGGUCACUCGGUACAGUCAUGCGUGCCAUAAAGCGCUUUCUGCCGCUCAGGCUGCUGCUUUCGUUGAAUCAUGUGUGAAAACCAACAUGCAUGUGCGCAGCAUGAGCAACAAUUCGGACAGUGCAAGUGAGGAUGUGGGGUCUGGAGAUUCAGACAUCGAUGGCGACCUGGCUCCGCAACUGGAAAGACUGGGUUUAGAUGCCCUUUGAUGCCGUGUUAGUACGUUUUUAUGGACUAUCUUGAGUGUGGAAUUUAGGAUGCUGGUUUCUUCUGCUGUAUGGGUCUAGGGGAGGGCUAUGCACACCUAACUGUCAGUGCUUCAGAAACGAAACCUCUGGUGUAAAUUUGUAAUACAGUCAAGUAUGCAGCCAAAAGGCAUGUUUUCCUGUGUUUAAGGCCCUUAUGGCUGGCUACCUUCACGCCUUUGGACUUGGG